AUGACGCAAAGGGGGGAUGAGGAGAGGCGCCGGACUUUAACGGGAAGGUCAGCGAGGCUGGGCAGCCAGCCAUAUGUGUUGUUUUUCUCUGGCUCUUUUAUGGGAGGUAGCCUUGUUUGUAUCGUUUUUGUGUCUCUCGAUAUUCCAGCAUUCCUGGCCUUUUAUAUAUAUCGCUGGUCUGCCUACUUCCUGCUGGUCAGGUACAAUGUGGGGGGUUGUCGAGUCUGGAGAGUUGUAGAAGCAUGAUGGCUUUAAAUUGCUCCCUGGGGUAGCCCGAGAAACGGCAGUAACACACUCCUGCAGAAAUCUUUGGAGGAUAUUAAUAAGACUUGGUAGAAACAUGAAAGCCAGAGAACACGGAUGAGAGGAACUGCCAAUGGAGUGAGCCAUGGGUAUAAGGAGGAAAGAAUAUCAGUAGGUUGCGAGGAUGGUAGCUGUUGUGCCCUAUCUUUAAGUUUUUUAUUAUGUCUCUGACAGUGUCAGAUUUAUUGGCAAAGAAACAACAAUCCUCCCCUAAGAAGAGACAUAGCCUGCCCUUUUCAGCUGUGAGAAGAUCUAAUCCCCUCCUGUUUUGUAGGACGACCACUGCUAAUGAGUCAAUCUGAUCCUGGAUUGCAGACAUCUGUAAGACAAUGCUAUUAAGGCUUUCUUUUAGAGCUACCUUCCACAGUUAACUGCCAUGUAUCAGUCCAUCCUAAAGUUAUUGAAAAAUCUGAUCUUGAAGAAUUAUCAGCAAUUGGCUGCUGACUUUGAGUCUGAAUAUGACAAAUUAAUCAGUAAGUCAGGAGGCAUCCUCUCUGCAGAAUCCCUCAGAAGCAUUCAUGCAGCCCUGGAGGAGGGGAAAGUUGAAGAUGUGGUGGAUAAGAUUCAACAAUCACUUAACGCAGCAGAAAAUGCUUCCCUGAAUGUGGCUGUGAUGGGAGAUUCUGGGUCUGGGAAGUCCAGUUUCAUCAAUGCCCUGAGAGGGCUUAGUCACCAAGAGGAGGGAUCAGCCAGUGUUGGGGUUGUGGAGACCACCAUGAGGAAAACCCCCUAUCAACAUCCAAAAUAUUCCAAGGUGACCUUCUGGGACCUACCUGGAAAUGGGAGUCCUAAUUUUCACCCAGACACUUACCUAGAAACAGUGGGCCUGGCUGAAUACGACUUCUUCAUCAUCAUUUCUUCCUCUUGGUUUAGCUUCAAUGAUGCUGACCUGGCCCAGAAAAUCAAUGAGAUGGGGAAGAAGUUCUACUUUGUUAGAACCAAGGUGGACAGUGACUUAUACAAUGAAAAGAGAGCCAAACCAAAGUCCUUCCAAAGGGAGAAAGUUCUUCAGCAGAUUCGAGACGAUUGUGUGACUCAUCUCCAAAACAGUGGAGUGCCUGAGCCCCAGGUCUUCUUGGUCUCCAACUUUGACCUGGGUGACUUUGAUUUACUAAAAUUGGAGAAGACUCUGCUGAAGGAGCUCCCUGCCCACAAGCGCCAUGUACUUGCACUCCUGAUGCCCAGUUCCUCUGAAGAUGCCAUUGAGAUGAAGAAAACCUUCCUCAGGGAGAAAAUCUGGCUGGAGGCCCUGAAGUCAGCAGCUGUGGGCUUGGUGCCCUGCAUGCCCUUCAUCAGUGGCUUUGGUGUUGCUGAACAGCAAGCAUGCUUGAAAGUUUACCGAAGCCAUUUUGGUGUGGAUAAUGAGUCAAUUGAAAAGAUUUCUCAAAAUCUGGGUGUAUCUGUGGAUCACCUGAAGAAUUUAAUAAAAUCCUCAGAUUUCUGUCAUGUUGGGAAGGAUGACAGUAUAGCAGCAAAAGCCAAGAGUUGUGCUGAGCACUUGUGUUCAGUCAUUGGAGGUCCUGUGUCUGCUAUCAUUCAGUUCUUUAAAGUUUACUUUCUACACAUAAAAUUCCUUGAUACAGUGGCUGAUGAUGCUAAACGUCUCUUCCAAAUGAUGAAGCAAUAGUGGUACAUCUUACUUAAUAGAAUGGCAAAUGGACCUUAGGUGUUGCAUUCUCAGGGUGGGAGUGGAGGUCCUCUUCCAUGUUGGGGAAGGCCAUUGCUCUACUUGGGACCACAGCUGCUGUGCACAGGUUACUUGGCUAUAGCUUCUUUUUGCAUUCACUGACCUAUUUUGCUUGAACCAUGAUAGCAACACACAUUUUACCUUCAAUACUCUCUAUGUGUUUGGAAGCAGUCUGCUUUUGCAUCAUUUACUCAGAUAAUAUACAGCUUGUAACCACCAAAAUGAGAAUUUACAUUGUCAUGUUAUAAUUUUUCUCUCAGUCAUCAUCUCAAUGUCCUCCUUAGCAAAGUAAGCAAAGGUCCACAAAUAUGAGAACCCAUCUAAAUGUAUAGUAAGAAGUUUGGUGUGACAAUGCACAAAUCCAGAAAUGGAAGAGAAAAAAUUAGAGAAAUGGUAUUGGAUAUUGUAUUUCGAGGCAAUGUUUUCUAUUUAUGGGAAUUUCUCAACACUGCAUGGGUGGGAGUCCCGUGAACAGUUCACCAUGAGGGGCAGGAGAUGUGGGAGAGUAAAAGUGAAUCAAGAGAGAGCCUGAAAACCAAAGAUGAGUUGAACUCAUGUAAAAUGGUGUGUGUGAGUGUGUUUCUCAAAUUCUUUGACUUAAAACUCUGAUGUUGCCCAUAGCAAAAACCACUGAACCUGCCUCAAAACGUGUGGAUUGUAAUUACUGCUGUUACAGCAAUUAUAAAUGUGGCUUUCCCUUCCUUCUUCCUCCUAUUCAUGGUAUAGGGUAUGCCAAUCCUUCUAGUGAGGUGGUUUUGAGAGUAAUGAAGGGAGGAGCAGUUGCCUGGGGUCAGGGGAGCAAGUUCCCAGUGAUGUCACCUAGAAAUUCUUUCUAGUUCCUAUUCUUAUCCUGGAGCCAUGCCUCUACAUCAGAGGUUCUUAAAUCUUUCACUUAAAAGUGGAAAUAGUUUUUUUUUUUUUACAAUAUCCCUUAGGGAUAUUAGUAAGCUUCAACACAAAAUCCAUGUAGAGAUACACAGCUAUGUUUUAUAAACAUGAAUUUCUCAUAUUACUAUUUACACCCAUUGGACACACCCUAAAAGGGUCAAAGACAAGGUACUGGGCACCCACCCAUGCUCCCUGCCCUAGUAUCCUAUUUUGACUCCUGAAGAAACAAUAACAUGAAGCAGAAGUAUCCAUCCAGCCACAAGUGAGAUGUAGGGUUUAAACAGGAGGACAGAACCUUGUAUGGUUGACAUUUGCUCAGAACCUUGAGUGUUGGGGUUCACAUCCCUCGUUCAUCUGAGUCCCACUAUUCUGAAGUCUUUCUCUGUGCUCACAGGAGCACAGGUGUCCUUCCCUUAUUUAUUUAUUUUGGCUGCACUAGGGUUUAAAUCUAGGGCCUCACACUUGCUAGGCAGGCACUCUACCACUUGAGUCACUCUGGCAGCCCUGCACUCAAUUCCUUGAUCACUGGGGUGCUUGCCUUUUAUUCUCUUAUGGGGGUAGCUGCUUAGUGCUCAGCCUGUCAUUGGCCAUUCAUUCUCCAGAAACCUGGAAUAAAUGAUACCAGAUAUGGGGGUGUGAGGUACACCACAAUGGUCUGGAAUGAGUCAUUCUUCAUGGUGGAAAGGAACUCUCUCUUAGCAACUUCAUCCAUCUCACUCACUCAGCCCUCAGUUAUUGCUGUUUGAAUUCAAGACUUUGUGCUUGCUAAGCAGGUGCUGUAUUGCUUGAACUACACCUCCAGCCCUAGAUAGGGUUAUGUAAAUGACCUGUGUGCAACAGGGAGGGUGGCAUCACCACUAUUGGAUUGGAGAAGACUGGAAGGAGCUGGAGUGAAGAGAGGGAUCUAGGGUCAGGUUCACUCAAGAUCUUUUCAGGCAUACCGGCUACCAGAGGGAGAUGUUGCAUGAAUAACGCAAUAUUUGGGUCUGGAGUCAAGGGACAGGCAUAUCUAUACACAUAUAUAUGUGUGUGUUCAUAUAUACACAUGCAUAUAUAUGCAUAUAUAUGUGUG